CAACCACAGCCCCUUUCAUUUCUAGCUUUGCUGAUCUCCAUUUUCUUCAGCCCGAUAUUCAGGAAAAGAGGAGCUAAGACUUUGAAAAAUGAAUGAAGAAUACGACGUUAUCGUUCUGGGGACUGGACUGACGGAAUGCAUCCUGUCGGGGAUCAUGUCAGUGAAGGGGAAGAAGGUUCUGCACAUGGACCGUAACUCCUACUAUGGGGCCGAGAGCGCCUCCAUCACGCCCCUGGAAGACCUCUACAAGCGCUUCAGCAUUCCAGGGAGCCCGCCAGACUCCAUGGGGAAAGGCCGUGACUGGAAUGUUGACCUCAUCCCCAAGUUCCUCAUGGCCAACGGCCAGCUGGUCCGCAUGCUGCUGAUCACACAGGUCACACGCUACCUGGACUUCAAGGUGAUUGAGGGCAGCUUUGUCUACAAGAAGGGAAGCAUCUACAAAGUCCCCUCCACCGAGACUGAGGCUCUGGCAUCCAGUCUGAUGGGGUUGUUUGAGAAACGACGCUUCCGGAAGUUCCUGGUGUUCGUCGCCAACUUUGAUGAGAAUGACCCCAAGACCAUGGAGGGCGUGGACCCCAAAAAGACCACGAUGAGAGACGUAUUCAAGAAGUUCGACCUGGGCCAGGACGUCAUCGACUUCACCGGCCACUCUCUCGCCCUCUACCGCACAGACGAAUACCUGGACCUGCCCUGCAUGGACGCGAUAAACCGGAUCAAGCUAUACAGCGAGUCCCUGGCCAGAUAUGGCAAGAGCCCCUACCUUUACCCCCUCUACGGCCUGGGAGAACUGCCCCAAGGGUUUGCCAGAUUAAGUGCCAUCUACGGAGGGACCUACAUGCUGAACAAGCCCAUCGAGGAGAUCGUCAUGGAGGACGGGAAGGUGGUGGGAGUCAAGUCUGAGGGAGAGAUCGCACGCUGCAAGCAGCUGAUCUGUGACCCCAGCUACAUCAUGGACCGCGCCACCAAGGUGGGUCAGGUGAUGCGGGUCAUCUGCAUCAUGAGCCACCCCAUCAAGAACACCAGCGAUGCCAACUCCUGUCAGAUCAUCAUCCCCCAGAACCAGGUCAACAGGAAGCACGACAUCUACGUGUGCAUGGUCUCCUUCGCACACAACGUUGCCGCCCAGGGCAAGUACGUGGCCAUCGUGAGCACCACGGUGGAGACCAACGACCCCGAGAAGGAGAUCAAACCGGCCCUGGACCUGCUGGAGCCUGUCGAGCAGAAGUUUGUGAGUAUCAGCGAUCAGUACGCACCAACUGAUCCUGGGGCUGACAGCCAGAUUUUCAUCUCCCGUACCUAUGAUGCAACAACUCACUUUGAGACCACCUGCGACGACAUCAAGGACAUCUACAAGCGGAUGACGGGGACAGACUUUGACUUUGCCGAGAUGGAGCGCAAGAAGAACGACAUCUUCGGCGACGCUGCUGACCAGUAGAGAUCAAAGAGUCUGCCACACUCCUGAAUAUCCAUUAAUGUCGCUGACAACGAAAAUCUUAAAGAAAAAAAAAAGAGAAAAAAAAAAAGUCAAAGAUGGCUUGUCGGAUGAUACAAGUAUAUGUUUUGCUCAUCAAGGAAGUUCAUGAUAUAGAGUUAUAUUAUAGCAUUGCUGGAAAGGGGACAGGGUGGAAGUUAUGCUUUUUAUAACCAAGUUCAGACAAAUAUUGCACUGAAUACUGGUUAAUACCCUUCAUUUUUACUCAUCAUGUAACCACAGUCCGCCUCGGGUAGGCGAGGGAUACAUAGUCCAAAGAUGCAAAAUCAAUUGAUCAGUAACAUACAAAACAUCACCACAGAUUUGUAAUUUUAGUUGUGGGUGAAAAAUCAAUGUGUUCAUGUGCUGAAAGAGUUACCAUGUAAAAGCAUAAGUGUUUGGGAGCUGUGGAAUAUAUGAACAGUUGUGUCUUAUCGUCUAAACGAGUGUGGUUGUCUUUUUGGGAGGAAGUAGUGGAGUGGCUUGGCUUCUUCCAUUUGUACUCCAGCAGUCAUUCCUACCAAGCUAGCAUAGCACACUUGCUCCACAAACACCAACAAACUGUGUGAGGAGGUAAUACUUCAGUAACCAGCUUAAAUGAAUAACAGUAUCUGGGAUGCCUGGUGGUCAUGGGGGACUAUUUUGUUGUAUUUUUGUAUUGUCUCUCAUCUCCAAUCUUAGCCCAGUCCUGGGCAAGGCAUUAUGCUAUUCUUAAGCCAAGCCACUAGGUGAGUGUAGUCCAGCAAAAAAAGCAAACUUCCUGUUCCAGUUUGCAGCAGCUUGAGUAACUGCAAUGUAUCAGAGGAGACUUAUUUCCUUUUACUUAAAGAUGAAAAGAUCCAAGCUGUGCAAAGCAGGUUGGGGAAUAUGUGAUAAAGUUGACUGUAAUUGCUUUAGAAGGACCAAAUGUCUACUAUGGCAGUAUUGAUAUGACAAGGGCCGUGUAAUAAUGUCACCAUUGUUUUAAAAGAUUAUGAAACAUAUUGGGCCCAAAUGAUUUCUGUACUGCUAAGUAAAUAAAGUUGUGAAAAAAUA